AUGAGAAAGAACAGCUUUCAGUUCAGAUGGUUUAGAAACCACAGGAAGGCUCUUGUCUCUCAGAAGACUCCAAAUGGCUUCUUGGAAGAUCAAGGAGAGCAGACAGUGGUCCUCCUCCCACGAUCCCCCUCUCCAUCCAAGAGGUACUUCCCCAUCCCCCUGGACUCGCUGGAGGACGAGUUCCGAAUACGCUCGGCAGACGACUGCAAGCUUUUUAGAGAGGAGUUCAAUUCACUGACCUGUGGCUACCACCACGGCUCCUUUGAGGAGGCUAGCAGGGAGAUCAACAGGGACAAGAACAGAUAUCCAAACAUCCUACCAUAUGACCAUUCCAGAGUGUUGUUAACGCAAAUAGAUGGGCAUUCUUGUACGGACUACAUAAAUGCCUCAUACAUAGAUGGUUAUAAAGAGAAGAACAAAUUAAUUGCAGCUCAAGGCCCAAUGCACGACACAGUGGCUGACUUCUGGCGGAUGAUUUGGGAACAGAAGACUGCUACUAUAGUGAUGCUCACUAACCUGAAAGAGAGAAAAGAGGACAAGUGUUACCAGUACUGGCCAGACCAGGGCUGUUGGAUGUAUGGGAAUGUGAGGGUGGCAGUGGAGGACUUUACUGUACUGGUGGACUACACCAUCCGCAAGUUCUGUGUACAAUAUCAGGGGAAUGAUGGCCCAAGGGCCCCCCGCUUGGUCACCCAGCUCCACUUCACCAGCUGGCCAGACUUUGGGGUGCCCUUCUCCCCUAUCGGCAUGCUCAAGUUCCUCAAGAAGGUGAAGACAGUCAACCCGUCCUAUGCAGGACCCAUCGUGGUGCACUGCAGUGCUGGGGUAGGUAGGACUGGGACGUUCAUCGUCAUAGACGCCAUGAUUGACAUGAUGCAUGUGGAGAAGAGGCUGGAUGUCUUUGGGUUUGUGACCAGAAUACGGGAGCAGCGCUCUCAGCUCGUCCAGACCGAUAUGCAGUACUCGUUCAUCUACCACGCCCUGUUGGAGUAUUAUAUGUAUGGGGACACAGAGCUGGAUGUGUCCUCUCUGGAAGGCCACCUGCAGAAACUCCACAACACCAGAACACCCCUUGACAAGCUGGGCCUAGAGGAAGAGUUCAGGAAACUGACCAAUGUACGCAUAAUGAAGGAGAACAUGAGGACUGGAAACCUUCCUGCAAACAUGAAGAAGAACCGUGUGCUUCAGAUUAUUCCAUAUGACUUCAACCGGGUUAUAUUAUCAAUGAAAAGGGGCCAAGAGUUCACAGACUACAUCAAUGCAUCAUUUAUUGAUGGAUACAGACAGAAGGACUACUUCAUCGCUACCCAGGGUCCCCUGUCUCACACGGUGGAGGAUUUCUGGAGGAUGGUGUGGGAGUACAGGUGUCACUCUAUCGUCAUGCUCACUGAACUCAAGGAGAGGGAACAGGACAAGUGUUUCCAGUACUGGCCAGCAGAGGGCACUGUGACAUUUGGAGACUACACUUUGGAGCUGAAGGGGGAUGCACUAUGUGACACUUUCACUCUGAAGGACAUGGUGCUCACAUAUGGACCAGAAAAGCAGUCACGGCACGUCAGGCACUUUCAUUUCCACGGCUGGCCUGAGAUUGGAAUACCGGCAGAGGGAAAAGGAAUGAUCGACAUCAUUGCUUCAGUGCAGAGACAGCAACAACAGUCUGGAAACCACCCUAUUAUAGUACACUGCAGUGCUGGUGCGGGUCGGACCGGUACAUUCAUCGCCCUGAGUAACAUUCUGGAGCGGGUGAAAGCAGAGGGCCUACUGGACGUGUUUCAGACAGUCAAGAGCUUACGCAUGAAGAGACCACACAUGGUUCAGACUGUGGAACAAUAUGACUUCUGCUACAGAGUGGUUCAAGAUUUUGUUGACAUUUUCUCAGACUAUGCCAAUUUUAAAUGACAAUAUCUGCUAUAUACCCAUGUAUAUUUCCAUGUAACAUAUGCAAUUUUGUCAGAACCUUCUUUUCUAAGCUCUUUCA